UGAGUUAUUUUUCGAUCAACUGUAUGAGUCUGAGACUGAGUCUGAGUCUGAUGCUCUAAGCAUCCACAAUCAAUCAUCCAACACCAACAUAGAAGAAAGCGAGUUCGUGUUUCCCCAGAUUCUUUACUUCACUCCCGUUCUCUCUCUUUCUCCCACGGUAUCACGCGCAAUAUCAAUCCCGCCCCGCCCACUGCACAUGGCCUCCAAUAUAAUUACGGUGGCGCAGGACGGCACCGCCGACUACACCACGGUGCAAGAAGCCAUUGAUGUGGUGCCGCUGGGCAACAAGUGCCGCGUUGUCAUUCGUGUGGCUCCCGGAGUUUACAGGCAGCCGGUGUACGUUCCUAAGACCAAAAACCUCAUCACACUCGCCGGACUAAGCCCCGAGGAUACGGUUUUAUCGUGGAACAACACCUCCGCCAAAAUCGAGCACCACCAGUCGGCGCGUGUCAUUGGGACUGGGACGUUUGGUUGCGGGACUGUUAUUGUUGAGGGGGAGGAUUUCAUCGCUGAGAACAUUACUUUUGAAAACUUUGCCCCACAGGGGUCGGGCCAGGCUGUGGCGCUUAGGGUGACGGCUGAUCGUUGCGCGUUUUACAAUUGCAGGUUUCUUGGAUGGCAGGAUACACUAUAUUUGCACUAUGGGAAGCAAUAUCUACGAGAUUGCUACGUUGAAGGAAGUGUAGACUUCAUUUUUGGUAAUAGCACUGCCCUUUUGGAGCAUUGUCAUAUCCACUGCAAAUCCACUGGAUUUGUAACUGCGCAAAGCAGAAAAUCUUCUCAAGAGUCAACUGGAUACGUGUUCUUGAGAUGUGUGAUUACUGGCAACGGAGGAACAGAAUACAUGUAUCUUGGACGACCAUGGGGACCCUUUGGGAGGGUGGUCUUUGCCUAUACAUACAUGGAUGCUUGUAUUAGAAAAGUUGGUUGGAAUAACUGGGAAAAGACCGAGAAUGAACGAACCGCUUGCUUUUAUGAGUACCAGUGCUAUGGACCAGGUAGUUGCCCGUCAAAACGAGUGACAUGGGCCAGAGAGCUGAUAGAUGAAGAAGCUGAGCAGUUUCUCGGUCAUAGUUUCAUCGACCCAGAUCCACAACGGCCAUGGCUAGCCCCGAUGAUGGCUGUAAAGAUACCAUAUUCAGCUAUGUAGAAAGAAGUAAGGUGGGUUGUCAUCCAUAGUUUGACAAAAACGAGAAGAAGCAUAUGUGAUGUGUUGUAAUAGGUGCAGAAAGAAAUAAGGUUGAUUGAGCAUCUUAUGUUGAAUACUCUUUGUUUUACUGAACAUGUGGUUUCCAUGUUAGGAAUGUAUGUAUUCAUUGCCUUUUCAGGGUACUAUUAAAUUAUGUGACAAAUUUCUUUAA